AUGGCGGCGCUCCUGUUUGCUGGCGUCCUCGUUACACGCAGGCUCGGCUGUGCGUUCUACUUCAGUGGCUCCGCUUUCACCCGCUUUAGAGUCAAGGAAACCGGAGCUAAGCGUGGGGAUUCCGCACCGCCCCUGACCGGGGGCAGUGGAGGCAGCGUGUGGGGGGCUGUCCCCUCCUGGGGAGUCCAGCUGCCGUCCGCCUCCGAGGUUGUGAGGGCACCGUGGGUCAGCUCACGGAAGGCCUCAGAGCAGGACCUGGAAACCUUCAGCGAAACUCUUUCUCAGGGGCGCGUGGUGAGAGUCCCGGCGGGGAGCCUGGUCCGCGUGGUGGGCACGGAGCUGGUCAUCCCCUGCAACGUCAGCGACUACGACGGCCCCAGCGAGCAGAACUUCGACUGGAGCUUCUCGUCCACGGGGAACAGCUACGUGGAGCUGGCCAGCACCUGGGAGGUGGGCUUCGCGGCGCAGCAGUACCGGGAACGCCUGCUCAGGGGCGAGAUCCUGCUGCGGAGGACGGCCAACAACGCCGUGGAGCUGCUGGUCAGGAACGUGCAGCCCUCGGACCAGGGGCUCUACAAGUGCUCCACCCCCAGCACGGACGCCACCGUGCAGGGCAACUAUGAGGACACGGUGCAGGUGAAAGUGCUGGCCGACGCCCUGCGCCUGGCGGCCCCGCCGCAGCCGCCGCUCGGCCUGAGCCUGCGGGAGGGUGAGCCCUUCGAGCUGCGCUGCUCAGCGUCCAGCGCGUGCCCGCUACACACGCACCUGGCGCUGCUGUGGGAGCAGCGGCGCGGCCCGGACCGGCGGAGCGUGCUGGCCCUGACGCACGAGGGCAGGUUCCGGCCCGGCCCCGGCUACGAGCAGCGCUACCAUGCGGGCGACCUGCGUCUGGACACGGUGGGCAGCGACGGCUACCGCCUCGCCGUGUCCCGCGCGCUGUCCGCCGACCAGGGCUCCUACCGGUGCGUCGUCAGCGAGUGGAUCGCAGAGCAGGGCAGCUGGCAGGAGAUCCAGGAGAAGGCCGUGGAGGUGGCCACCGUGGUGAUCCAGCCGACAGUCCUGCAGGCAGCGGUGCCUAGGAACGUGUCUGUCGCUGAAGGCAAGGAGCUGGACCUGACCUGCAACAUCACGACGGACCGCGCAGACGAGGUCCGGCCCGAGGUGGCCUGGUCCUUCAGGAGGACGCCCGACGGCACCCCGCCGGGGGGGGCCCGCCUGCUGGCGCGGCUGGACCGGGACUCCCUGGUACACAGCUCUCCUCACGUGGCUUUGAGCCACACGGACGCACGCUCCUACCACUUACUGGUGCGAGACGUGAGCAAGGAAAACGCUGGCUACUACUUCUGCCACGUGGCGCUCUGGGCCCCGGGCCACAACAGGAGCUGGCACAAGGUGGCAGAGGCCGUGUCUGCCCCCGCCGGUGUGGACGUGGCCUGGCUCGAACCGGAAUACCAGGUGUAUCUCAACGCCUCGAAGCUCCCCGAGUUCUCCGACGACCUCACGGAGCUGGAGUGUCGGCUGGUGGGCCCCAGGGCUGCGGAGGGGACCGUGCGCUUCACGGUAGCCUGGUAUUACAGGAGGAGCCCGCGCAGCGACGACGUGGAGGCCAGCGAGCUGCUGGCGGUCAUGAACGGGGACUGGACGCUGAGGUACGGCGAGAGGAGCAAGCAGCGGGCCCAGGAGGGAGACUUCAUCUUCUCCAAGGAGCAGACGAACACGUUCAGCUUCCGGAUCCAAAGGACGACAGAGGAGGACAGAGGCCAUUACUACUGCGUGGUGUCGGCCUGGACCAGACAGCGCAAUAACAGCUGGGCCAAGAGCAAGGACGUCAUCUCCAAGCCCGUCAACAUAUUUUGGGCGUCCGAAGAUUCCGUGCUUGUGGUGAAGGCUAGGCAGCCAAAACCGUUCUUUGCGGCAGGAAAUACAUUUGAGAUGACGUGCAAAGUGUCUUCCAAGAAUAUUAAGUCACCGCGCUACUCUGUUCUCAUCACGGCCGAGAAGCCUGUUGGGGACCUCUCCAGCCCCAACGAGACCAAGUACAUCAUCUCCCUGGACCAGGAUUCUGUGGUCAAGCUGGAGAACUGGACAGACGCAUCGCGCGUGGAUGGUGUGGUGCUAGAGAAAGUGCAGGAAGAUGAGUUUCGCUAUCGAAUGUACCAGACUCAGGUCUCAGAUGCGGGGCUGUACCGUUGCAUGGUGACCGCCUGGUCCCCCGUCAGGGGCAGCCUGUGGCGAGAAGCGGCGACCAGCCUCUCCAACCCAAUCGAGAUCGACUUCCAAACCUCAGGCCCUGUAUUCAACGCGUCCGUGCACUCAGACACGCCGUCCGUCGUGAGGGGGGAGCUGAUCAAGCUGUUCUGCAUCAUCUCUGUGGAAGGAGCCGCGCUGGAUCCAGACGACAUGGCCUUUGACGUGUCCUGGUUUGCGGUGCACUCCUUCGGCCUGGACAAGGCGCCUGUGCUCCUGUCGUCCCUGGACCAGAGGGGCAUCGUGAGCACUGCCCGGAGGGACUGGAAGAGCGACCUCAGCCUGGAGCGCGUGAGCACGCUGGAGUUCCUGCUGCGUGUGCACAGCUCCGAGGACCAGGACUUCGGCAACUACUACUGUUCCGUGACUCCGUGGGUCAAGUCCCCAACAGGCUCCUGGCAGAAAGAGGCCGAGGUCCACUCCAAGCCCAUCUUUAUCACCGUGAAGAUGGACGUGCUGAACGCUUUCAAGUACCCCCUGCUGAUCGGCGUGGGCCUGUCCACCGUCAUCGGGCUCCUGUCCUGCCUCAUCGGGUAUUGCAGCUCCCACUGGUGCUGUAAGAAGGAGGUCCAGGAGACCCGGCGUGAGCGCCGCCGCCUCAUGUCCAUGGAAAUGGACUAGGCCGGAGCCGGGACCCGACGGGGGCGUCUGGGAGCAGCGUGGGCAGCAGAGGGCAGUGACCUGAGUGCGACGUGCGUGGCGCCGACCAGGCCCUCGACCUCAGGCAGGACGUGGCCGCGCCCCCGGGCAUGCCAAGCCCCGAGCGCGGGCUGCCUGCAAACGGCCGUCCUCCACGGCACUUUCCGGCGAACAGUGGAGCCUGUGUUCCCCCAGCUGCGGCUUUUUAACGGUUAACCUUUGUCUAAUUUUUUUCUCCUACUGGUUUAUAGAUCCUCUGGCGUGUGUGUGUUUCUAGCUUUCGUUUCGAGGGGUGGCAGUGAGGAGGGGCGAUGGCAUUCGGAGUUCUUGGUCUUGGGUGAGGACGGACCCGCCCGCUCUCGCCGAGGGUGGCCAGUGCGGCCCUCCAACCCGGCUUGAGGCGACGUGGGCCCGGCCGGAGGCUGACCGUGGCUCCCACGGCCUGAUCCCACCCCCUAUUUUCAGGGGUUUAGACAUUUGAGAUCUAAACUUGUAGUAUGUAACUUCUUCUUGGGCCCAAAUGCUUUUUUUUUUUUUUUUUUUUUUGCUUCUCUGCCCCCUUUCCACUUCUUUCGACCUUGCUUUAUGUGAGAGUGCGGAAAUGGCAGCCCUGGAAUCUAGAACUUGCUCUCCACCGAGCACCUUAUCUCGCCACCUUAGCCUUAAGAAUGAAUAUGAAGAAAAAUACACAGCCACCUCUGUCCAGGGCAGCCAGAGGCUGCAGGAAGAGGGGGUUGGGACAGGAAAGGGAGGAAGCUUGAGCGCCCGCUGCCUCGGGCCCGGGAGCAGGACGGGUGUCCUGGGCGUGCAGGUCUGAAGCCGGAGCCGGAACGGUCAGGGGACCCGUGUGUCAGGUGAAUGAGGCCACGUCCAUCCCUCUCGCCUGCCCUCUGCAGGAGAAGAGACCUUGGCUACCGAGGGGCCCCCGGGGCCCACAGAUAGCUCACGUCCUUCGCUGGCUACUUGGGGUCCAUAAUGUGAAGGCAAAUUGCUGCCUGCGAGGCUGACUUCACAGAAUCAGAAACUGCCUAGAAGAACGGUGCAUUUCCCAUGACCUUUUCAGUCCUUCAAGUCGUUUCACAACCCCCUACAGGGGGCUGGUGGGCAUUGCUUCCCUGUUAGGAGCACGGUGGAAACCCAGCAGUUCAUUGCCACGUGAACAGCCUACAGAGUAGAUCAGGGAGCCGCCGGUUGGGUCCACGCCACCCUCCACCCCCCCAGGCUGAGGACAAAGAUCCAAAAAGCUCUUCGCCCCUGGAGCCUCUCCCAGGCUGAGCACUGACCUCCGGCGGCUUCCCCGGGGGCUUCCGAGGCUCGCUGCUGGCUCUGACCACCACUGCACCCGGUGCUUCUGCCCUGGUCCUGCAGUGAAGACGCUGCUCUGGCUUCCAGAGAGGAGAGAAGAGCCCCUUGUUUGAGCAAUAAAGCAAUACAAAACGAUGGCCAUCCGCAUGCGGCGCUUUGU